CGUGGUACAAAAUGGCUGCUUCCAUACGGCUGCAGCGUGUAGUGAAACUUGGAAAUUUAAUUUUGCAGAACGAAGUACAUUUUUUACGCCAUGAAGCGGCUAGGACAUGUGUUUUAAAACGAAGAAUAUGUGGUCGUGCAGUAGAGUCCUGUGUAGGUGCCACGACGCAGUUGAGGUUAUACAGCACAAAAACUGAAACUGCGUCAGGUGAUUCGACAGAUUAUCAUACAGUCAUCAAAGAUACCGAGAAAGUAACAGGCUCCAGCGAUCGACAUGAGUUCCAGGCUGAAACGCGCAUGCUGCUGGAUAUCGUCGCCAAGUCGCUGUAUUCGGACAAGGAGGUGUUCAUCCGCGAGCUGGUGUCGAACGCGAGCGACGCCCUGGAGAAGCUGCGCUACCGCAGCCUGGCGGCGGGCGCCGCGGAGCAGGCGGCGGCCGCUGGACCGCUGGAGAUCCACAUCGCCACCGACAAGCAGGCGCGCACCAUCACCAUACAGGAUACCGGCGUCGGCAUGACGAAGGAAGAGUUGGUGUCCAACCUCGGAACGAUCGCGCGAUCCGGAUCCAAGGCAUUUCUGGAGCAAGUGAAAGAGAAAGGCAGUGAAGCCUCCAACAUCAUAGGGCAGUUUGGUGUGGGUUUCUAUUCCUGCUUCAUGGUAGCAGAGAAGGUGGAAGUCUACACACGCUCCUGUGAACCUGGCUCUCCUGGUUUGCGGUGGACAUCUGAUGGAUCAGGAACUUAUGACAUCCAAGAAGCAGAGGGUGUGCAGCAAGGAACUAAGAUAAUUAUCCAUUUAAAAACCGAAUGUCGUGAGUUCAGUGAUGAAGACACAGUUAACAAUAUAAUUAAAAAAUACAGCAAUUUUGUUGGAAGCCCAAUUUAUGUUAAUGGAAAGAAAGCUAAUACAAUUCAGGCAUUGUGGUUGAUGGACCCAAAAGAAAUUACACCCCAGAUGCAUGAUGAAUUCUACCGAUUUGUGGGAAAUGCAUAUGAUCGUCCAAGGUUCACACUCCAUUACAAGACAGAUGCUCCUCUGUCAGUCCGUGCAUUGAUUUACUUCCCAGAAGGAAAACCAGGAUUAUUUGAAAUGAGUCGUGAUAUGGAUGUUGGAGUGGCACUAUACUCACGUAAGGUGCUUAUUAAAAGUAAGGCUGACAACAUACUCCCAAAAUGGCUACGUUUUGUAAAAGGUGUUGUUGACUCUGAAGACAUUCCUCUAAAUCUUAGUCGAGAGCUUCUACAGAAUAGUGCCCUAAUAAGGAAACUACGUACUGUUCUGGUAAAUCGUAUCCUCCGAUUUUUGCAUGAACGUUCCACAAAAGACGUUGAAAAGUUUGAUGCCUUCUACAAAGACUAUGGUUUAUUUCUGAAGGAAGGUAUUGUCAGCAGUGAGGAACAGCUUCAAAAGGAGGAGAUUGCGAAACUGCUGAGAUUUGAAUCAUCUUCAAAGCCUGCUGGUGAGAAGGUGACAUUGCCCGAGUACUGCAGUCGCCUUAAGCCUGCUCAGAGGGACAUAUUCUAUCUUGCUGCACCGAGUCGUGCUUUGGCAGAAACCUCUCCAUAUUUUGAAGCACUGAAACAAAAGGAUGUGGAAGUACUAUUUUGCUAUGAACCAUAUGAUGAGCUGGUUCUAAUGCAACUCAGACAGUUUGACCGCCACAACUUAACAUCUGUCGAAAAAGAGAUGCGUCAAGAUAAGGAACCUGAUGACCUUUCAAAUCUUGGAUCUGAUAGCCUGUCUCGGACAUCAGUUGAAGCAUUGCUACCGUGGGUGAAGAGUGUGUUAGCAGGAAAAGUGCAUAAUGUCCGUGUGACACAGCGAUUGGACUCACAUCCUUGUGUAGUCACAGUUGAAGAGAUGGCAGCUGCACGCCACUUCAUUCGGACACAAUCACACCAACUACCUGAGGAUGCUCGCUACACUCUGCUGCAGCCACAGUUAGAAAUUAAUCCUCGGCAUCCCAUCAUUAAGAAGCUUGCUUUUCUUAGAGAUUCAAACCCAAAGCUGGCUGAACUGGUUACUAAACAACUGUUUUCCAAUGCAAUGGUCUCAGCAGGUCUGAUGGAAGAUCCAAGAACACUAGUUACAAGUAUGAACGAGCUGCUGACUCUAGCUUUGGAAAAACACUGACGCAUUUGGCUGUGACUUAAAUACUUUCAUUAGUUCAUCUUUCAAGUACAGGAGACAUCUCAACAGUGAUAAUAUAUGUUUAUAUCAUGACCAAAGGAUUAUGUAUCUAUCACAUGUCAUGGCUCAUCACAAAAUACUGUCAGUUGUGAGUUUGUAAAUAAAAUAACUGAAACCCCUGA